AUGCGUUAUCAAUAUGCGAAAAGACCGGGGUUUUGGAUUACAUUUGGUCAUAGAUCAUACGGCUUACCGGAAUGCAUAAAAACGGUUCCCUCUGUUAAUUUCAUUACGUUUUAUAAGUUGCCUGCUAAGAAUGCUUUUCGAAAAGGUUUUGACGAUUUCAACGUUCCAUCACUUCCCAAUCAUGUUUGCAUCAUAUUAUAUGGUAGUGAUAGCUUUGCCGUUGUAUCAAAUGAUGGAACUCUGCCAACACAAACAGGAAUAAGAAAUGACAAGGUAAUAACGACUGCGGCUAAUGACAGUAAGGAAAAAGAAUUAUGGUUUAAAUGUGAAGGAUGA